CCGGACCCAUAUAAAAGUAAGAAAAAACUCUCGCUAAUAUAGAUACACAUUACACAUAUAAGAUAAGAUAAGUAAAGCAAUUUCAGAUCAAGAAAGAAAAAUGACGAUGAAGAAAACAGUGGUUGUGGCGGCUAUGAUUAUGUUGUUGGCUUUGUCAUACACAGAAAUAGUAGCAGCCGACGCCUUUGAUUGCAUCGAUGCUUGCCAAACUGGCUGCGUUCAACGCGACUCUAGAUUAACGGCACGCUGUGAGCAGAAAUGCGUGAUCAGAUGUGGUCCAGAUUCUACAACUAAGAAGGAUGUUAAAGCAGUGAUAAAUUGGUAAAAGAGAACGCAGCAAUGAGGAGGUGCAUCAUCAUCAUGAUCAAGCUCAUAAUUAGACAAUAAUUAAUGUGAAUGAGCUUGGUUUGUGCAUAGCACUACUCCUUAAAAAUAGUCUUCUUUUACUGAUAAUUAAGUUGGAUAGUUCGUGGUACAAUACCAAAUAAUGUGUAUUUAUAUGAAUACUGUGAAACUCUUAUAUCCACCAAUAAAGUUUGAUUAUCAUA